GUUAACCUUACAACAUAGAAUCAGAUGGGAAGUGGAGUAUCUGCUAGUAGAAGCAAAGUGAAGACCAUUCAGAUAAAAGGAGAACUCCCUAGACAAACGUUUUUAGAAAGCAAUGACGACGUUGACAAUGGGCGCGAUGCCUCUAUCAAUGAAUUAGGCAGCUUGAAUUCUGACGCACCUGAUCAGCUGUUUGGCUGCGUUGUCAAUAAUGAGAGAGAAACUCAGAAUGAUGGUGUCGGUAGACGAGAUCUAGAGACUCAAACGUUGAGAAGAAAACUGGAAGAAGCUGAGAAGAGAGCACAACGAGCAGAAAGUGAACUGUUAUUGCACAAGUCUGUUGCAGUUGGUGGUGUUUUAGCUGCAGACGUUAAGCAUGUCAACAUCAACCACAGAGACAAUCAAACAGUAGCAAAAAUUCACGCCCAAAUUGUAGAAAAACUAGAAUCUGAGUUAAGGACGGCAGCUGAGGAAAUGAUUGCGAUGAGAAGUCGAUAUGACAAGAAAAUACGACGAUUGCGAUCAAACUCGGCAAAGACAAAGGCUGAGAGUCAAGUUACCAUUAUUGAAUUGAGUGAAGAGAACUCUCGACUUGUGGAAGAAAAUGCAUCUCUUCUGGCCCAAAUUGACAACUGUAAUAGAAGACUCCACCAGACAAGUACAUCAUACGCACUUCCUAGGACAUCCGACAUCGAAGAAGAGACAAUGACUGACUCGCGAACAAAGCUUAUCAUCGAGCUUUCACAUCAAGUCUCUCAGUUGGAUGAAGAGCUGCAACAAGCCAAAGCCACUAUCACCAAACUAAAAUCAAACCACAGCCACCGCAUCAGCAGUGCAACAUCCAGAAAGUCAUCCAAGAAGCUCGGUGAAAGAACAUCAAAUGACACGUCGACACUCUCAAGAGACAGUUUGUUAGAUGAAACAUAG